AUGGCGAAGACCAAAACUCCCCAAGGUCAUCCAGUUCAAAACCAUUCACAGCAGGCUCUCCAGAGGCAGCCUCUCCAGAAUCAGCAGCUGGACCGCUUUCAAAAGUCGAUGAGACUCAAGGCGGCAAGCGACCAACUCAGGAAUAAUGAGCUGUGGGAGUGGAGGGAUGCCUAUCUCGUUCAGUUCCUCGCGGCUCUGGAGGUUGUGUCGUUCCUUCUUGUGGUGCAGGUCGGGCUCUUCACACAGGGCUUGUUCAUACUCGUUCCCGUUUUGCUUCUGGUGGCUUUGGGCAAGUGCUUGCACAAUGCCAACGUGGACUACCAAACGCUGCUGAGGAACCCGAUAUACCUCAUGUUCCCAAAGAAGUACUCGGCGCUAGGGCUCUACGACAACCAGAAACCCGUCUGGGGCUUCUACGGCCUCACCAUUCUGGUGCGCCUCUCCUGUGCAGUCGCCGUGGUUGCUUCCUGGGCCGAUCAGACGGGCCACUUCAAGUGCGCUGGCUCCCACACGGUGCUGAGUUACGGCUCUGACAGCUGUUCAGAGGUUCCUGGCUUUCUGCAGAAAGCUUGUUCCCAGCAGUUCUUUGAGCCCUCCGCUUACCAGCGUUGCCUGGAGUCGAGGCCUUGGAGUAAGGAAAACUACUGCAACUGGCAAGCGGCGAUCUGUUUUCCCACGGACGGCACGUUCUUCAGCGUGUGUUCGAAAGUUGCCUUGAUGUUGCUGUCGCUGGCUCCGAGCUUAUGCUUCACCUUGUUUCUGGUGAUCAGCCUCUUCCUGAUGUUUUUGUUCCAGAGUGGGCUACAGAAGUCAUGCGGACUUCAGCUGAAGGCUGGAAUGCUCGGCAGCAAGCCAGAAGCGAAGGACUUGAGACGCAAGGUGGGAAAUCAAGAGACCGUGCUCAAGCAGCAGUUCGAGGCAAACAGCGGCAAAUUGGAUGACAAGUCGCUUGUGCCCUUCUCAAUGAUGUUCCCACUCAGUCUGCUCCUCGUCUUCUUCGAUGUCGGCAGCGAUGUGAACUUGCUCGUGACAUUUCUCAGCGGUCAGCACUACGGAUUCGCGGCGGCGCAGCUGGCGAUUCUGUGCGUCAGUGUGAAGCUCCAGGUGGACGAAGCAGGAGAUCUCCAGUCUCUCUGGACUGAAGUGUCACGCUCAUGGGGGGCCAAAGUCGAGACCGACAAGCUUUUAAAGAUUCUCAAGUCGGAACGUUUGUUCGAAGCUCCGGCAUCCUUCCUGCUGGCCUUUUACUCCUGCUUCUUCACGAACGCAGAAACUUGGGCCAUGCUGAGUUGCUGCGUCAGCAUUCUCACCAGCGUCUACACCAUGGCGACGGCGGUGUUCAAGGACAUUCACCUCGGAGUUGACUUAGAGGAUUAG